UUCUCGAGACUCGAGGAGCUGCCGCCACAGGGACAAUUCCGUCAUAUAAAAUUUGAAACGCCUGCGAGUGAAAUUGGACUCACAGGCUCGCUGCUUAUUCGCCUUCUCACGGGAAAGAAAAGGUAGAAAUGGAUGAAGAGGAAUUUCGACGCCUUCUUGAUCUCUUCCCUGUUGUCCGACCUCGCGAUUACCAUAUUGACCUCGAUCCAUCUAGGCAAUCCACUACGCGGCCAACGCAGGAUGACGAUGUGAAGAAAUGGCAGGACGCAUGGGAGGAGCAGGAGGGGGAUCAAAAGGAAACAAGCAAUCAAACUAUUGAUUUACACGAUGCAUUCUGGGAGAAGCUGAAGUUGGCAGCUGAGAAGAAGAUGGGUGCAGCAGAGGCAAAGAAAUUUUGUAAUGCUUUUCAACAAGUUCACAGGCGACUAGUAUACGAAGAGCUGAGUUUGGAUGCUGCCCGUAGCAUUAUAAACUCGACAAGAAGUUCAGGAGAACAGCUUUCUUCGUAGCUAUAUAUUCACUCUCUCGUGUUGCUUACGCAGUUGGAAAGUGUUAUCUUUUGAUUGUGAUUAGUUUCUAAUGAGCUGUCUUUUAUUAUUAUUAUUAUUAUUUUCUUUAAGCGUUUUCUUUUAUGAUAUGCAUGACUAGAAGGGGAAUGAAAGGGAAUUUGUUAUCAAUUUUAUGAUUAGGACAAUUUAAAUGUAAAUUUUUUAAAGCAACGUUAGAGGCGCAA